UCACUCUUUUAAGGCGCUUCGUCGUUGCUACAUGCAAGGCUUAAGAACCUCUCACUCUCUUGUUCGACGGCUAGUCCGUAUCGUCGUCAGUGCGGUUUAUUUUGGUGAACAUCGAAGUCAGAUUGUGUUGUGAUUUAUCUAAUUAUAAAAUCGUCAAAUAAAGUUGAACAAAACGUCAAAUGAUGCAACGAAAGCCAGUCAACAGAAAAAUGAGAGUGAACAUUCGAUCGAAACAAAUAGCUUCAAGUCAGUUUUAAAUGUCUUACUAUGUCAACGGUACAGUUUGUUGUUCUUUUGUUUUUCUAUUUUACUAUUUUGCUGAUUGAUUGAACGCAUUUAUAUUUUUGCUAUUUUUAGAAUUAAAAAUUUUCAAGAAAUUAUCAUUAUAAAAAGAAAACGUGCAAUUUGAGGUGAAAGUGUCAAAGUGAAAAGAAAUUACAAAAGCAAAAUGCCAACCACUUGUCAAAUUAAUUUUGAAAACAAUCCACAAAAAGUGGUUUAUUCGGGCGAAAAUGUUCAUGGAACCGUGCAAUUGAAUUUGGCAGAAGAAGUAAAUGUUCGCGGCAUUUAUAUUCAUUUAUAUGGAGGAGCGUACACACAUUGGCGUGAACGAUUCAAAUUCUACAAAACACAUACUGGCAACGAAGACUACUUAAAUCAACGAACAUAUUUUGCGGGUGGAACAAACGGAGAGGUUCGAUUGACGCGUGGUGUAUAUAACUACGAUUUUGAAUGUAAGCUGCCAUCUGACUUGCCAACAUCGUUAGAAGGCAAAUUUGGAUACAUCCGGUACACUGCUCUUGUGGUGAUCGACAACAAAAGAUCGCCCGAAAAAACAUUCAGAGAACCGUUCACAGUCAUACGGGAAAUCGACUUAAAUAACAAUCUAGGGCUACGGAGUCGAAUAAUCAUCGAUAGUAGAAAACCGUAUCGUCGAUCGAUACUAUUGUUUUGCUGGUGUCCCGAUGCCAUCAAAAUCCUCGUUCGAACAACGGUUGGCGGUUACGCUCCCGGACAAAUGAUCAAUUUGGACAUGAUUGUAGACAAUCAAUCAGCUGUACCAAUUUCAAAGUUUACGGUGCAUUUACUCAAACAAGUCACCUACUUUAAAACACCCAAUUCAAAGUAUUCGACAAAUGAAAUUCGACGAAUUGAAACAUCAACUAUAAAUAAACAGGAUGCAUGCGGAAUCGACAGAUAUAUGAACAAAAUAAUUCUUGUAAAUCUUGAAGUGCCGCCGUCUCCUCCGACUGAUUUCUCAAGCAGCAUCAUUUCAGUCGAACAUUUGAUUCGCAUUAUCGGUGUAACGCCAUGUUGUCGGAAAAAUGUUCGUAUUGAUAUCCCAAUCAUCAUCGGCACAUCUCCAAUACGGGAAAACAUAAAGGCAGACGUAGCCAAACAAAAUAUGACCUCAUUUGCACAUUCAAAUCGAAAUGGUGCAUCCACUUCAUUUGCAAUUAACGAUACACCAAUAUACGAAGACGAAACCCAUCAAGGAAAAGGAAAAGGUGGCAAAAAUGCAUUUCGACCGAAAUAUCCAGUGUUUAAGAGCGCUACAUUUUAUUCCAGUAGGAGCUCGCCGCAGUAAUGAAAGCGAAUUAUUUUUAAAAUUACCGAGAAAAAAAUGAAGAAAAAAGUAAUCCGAAAUAAAUGAAUGAAAAA